AUGCCCAAUCUCAGACUUUAUACCGAAGAUCGUAUGACGGACUAUUACAUUGUUGUUUGUCAAAUAGAGAAGCAAAAGAAGCUCUUAAGGAAGCUCAUGAUGGCAUUUGUAGAGCUCAUUAGCCUAGCCCUAAAUUAUGGGACCGACUAUGUAGAUUGGGUUAUUACUGGCCUAACAUGGUACAAGACACCGUCGCCUAUGCCAAAUGAUGCCAUGCUUACCAAAUUCAUGCUAACUACAUGCAUCGAUCGCUCGAGCAUCUUCACCCAUCAGCCACUACAUGGCCCUUUAAAACAUGGGAUCAAGAAUUUUACUUCAACAACCUAUAACCCUGCUGCUAAUGGGCAAGCAGAAGUAUUCAACAAGACCAUCAUUAGAAUUCUUACUAAGGUGGUUUCGACGAAUAAAAGACACUGGAAUGAGAAGUUGGGCCAAAGCUUGUGGGCUUAUCGCACAACGGUUCGUACUCCGAUAGGAGUGAUACCAUAUUCCUUAGUAUAUGGAUGUGAAGCCAUAUUACUAUUGGAAAUCCAAAUUCUAUCUUUGCGAAUAGCACUUGCAACUGGCAUGACAAUGGAAGAAAGUUAUCGCCGACGUCUUGAAGAACUGGAAGCGCUAGAUGAAAAGGGACUACUGGCUCAACAACACAUCGAGCUUUAUCAAGCUCAGAGUUCUAGAGUAUUUGAUAAAAAGGUUAGAUACCACACAUUGAAGGAAGGUGACUUGGUUCUUACCAUUCGACGCUCAAUGAUUUUGAAUUCUAAAAAGAAAGGAAAGUUUGAGACAAAAUUGGAGGGACCAUUUAUGGUAGAAACUCUUUACUCAAAUGGAGCUUAUCGCCUUGUCACUCAAGAUGGUGACAAAGUUAUGAUGCUUAUCAAUGGUAAAUUUCUGAAGAAAUAUUACCCAUAG